AUGACCACCGCCGACCUGGACGGCUGGAUCGAGCAGCUCAAGCGCUGUGAGUAUCUCAACGAGGCCGAGGUCAAGCAGCUCUGCGACCGCGCCCGCGAACUCCUCGUCGACGAGUCCAAUGUCCAGCCGGUUUCCGCCCCCGUCACGAUCGCCGGCGAUAUCCACGGCCAGUUCUACGACUUGCUAGAGCUCCUCAACACGGGCGGCCCCCUCCCGGACGUCCAAUAUCUCUUCAUGGGCGACUUUGUAGACAGGGGAUUCAACUCGGUCGAGACUUUUUUGCUCCUGCUCACCCUCAAAGUCCGCUGGCCUGACCGCGUUACCCUCAUCCGCGGCAACCAUGAAAGCCGCCAGAUCACGCAGGUGUACGGUUUUUACGACGAGUGUCUGCGGAAGUAUGGCAACGCCAACGUGUGGCGGUACUGCACGGAGGUGUUUGAUUUCUUAUCCCUAGGCUCCUUGAUUGACGGCAAGGCGUUCUGCGUCCACGGCGGGCUAUCCCCGAGCAUCAACGCCCUCGACCAAAUUCGCGCCAUCGAUCGCAAGCAGGAGGUCCCGCAUGACGGCGCCAUGUGCGAUUUGCUUUGGAGCGAUCCAGAGCACGUCCCCGGCUGGAACAUGUCUCCGAGAGGCGCCGGCUAUCUUUUCGGAGCCGAUAUUGUCGCUCAGUUCAACCACGUCAACGGGCUCCAACUUAUCGCGCGCGCCCAUCAACUGGUCAUGGAGGGUUACAAGAACAUGUUCAAUGAUACGUUGGUAACUGUGUGGAGCGCUCCAAAUUAUUGCUACCGAUGCGGCAAUGUGGCCGCCAUUUUGACACUGGAUGACAAGUUGGGGAGAUCCUUCAAUGUCUUUAAUGCGGCCCCGCAGGAUGCGAGGAGCGCCACGCUCAAGAAACCAGCGCCGGAGUACUUUUUGUAACUCAUCGAAUCGCUGAAUGGCGCGUUUUGCAAAAUUGCCUCAGGGAACAAGAGGUCGAUAGUUGCCCGUUUAUUUUUUGGGAACCGCCUGUUGGGAAUGGCGGAACGGACGCUUUCUCGUGACUCUUACUACAAACAUUAUUACUACCACUACUCGCUUACUGUAAAAACAUGACAUGGCCACUUUGUACA